AACAGAGGGGUACCUUACCGCGAGAGAGACUCGGAUCAAAUAAGCCACACCUUUCUUUUCCUUUUCUUUGCAUUUUCAUGUUAAAAAAUUCUCCUCAAUUGUCAAAUUCAAACUGCUGCUAAGAUCUAUGUCUCUUUCUCAUUGAACUCAAUCCAAAUAAAAAGAAAAAGAGAGAGCAUAAUCUGCUUUCACUUCCUUUCCCUGUUUGGAUUCUACGAUAAUAAGUUUAGUUGGGACGAGAGGGGGGAAAUUACAACGGAAAAGAACAUGGAGGCAGCGCUGGGACUGAUGCGAAGAAUGCCGCCUCGCCACUCCGAGACAACACUCUCCGCUCUUUUAAGCCUUUUGCCUGGACACUCCUCCGAUCUCCUCUCUCAAGUCGAUCUCCCUCUCCAGGUUUUAUCUGAUGAGGACAGUGGACAGAAGUUCAUUUUGUGUGAAUACAACAGAGACGCUGAUUCUCACAGAUCACCUUGGUCAAACAAAUACCAUCCACCAUUAGAAGAUGCGCCUUAUCCAUCUUCAAAGUUGAGGCAAUUGGAAAUUGAAGCCAACGAUAUCUUUACAGUCUAUUGUGACCAGUAUUAUGAAGGUGGCAUCUCAUCUGUCUACAUGUGGGAAGAUGAAAACGAAGGUUUUGUAGUCUGCUUUUUGGUAAAGAAAGAUGGCUCAAAAACUGGGCAAGGGAGAAGAGGCUAUUUAGAGGAGGGAACUUGGGAUGCUAUUCACGUUAUAGAGGUUGGACCAGAAGAAGAAUUAACCCGAUAUUGCUUGACUAGUACAGUCAUGCUGUCUUUGACUACAGAUGAUGUGUCAUCAGGCACUUUCAGUUUGUCUGGAUCUAUCAGACGACAGAUGAACAUGAACCUCCCAGUUGCCGAUGGUCAUCUUUCUAACAUGGGAAAGAUGAUAGAAGAAAUGGAGGGUAAGCUCCGGAACUCAUUGGAUCAGGUUUACUUCGGAAAGACGAGAGAGAUGGUUUGCAAUUUACGGCCCUCUAAUGAGGUGGUGCAGAUGAGAUUGCCUACCAGUUGAUGUGGGUUUAAUGCCAUAAGAAGUUGAAGUUCGUGUCAUGUUUGCUUUCUAGAGUGACCUCAGAAUAUGCUGUGUACGGGAUAUCAUACAAAUGACUUCAUGUAUGGUCGACUUAUUUCGACUCUGCUUUCAUAACAAUACAUGAUAUGUUCAUGUU